AUGGCAAGGAAAUUUGAUAUGAUCAAGGAUAUUGAUGGAAAAAGGGAGACUUUGAAACUUGUUGUCCGAAUUGUGGAUCUGUGGUUUGUUGAGUCAUGGGAGUCCAAACGAAAUAUGGAGAUGAUUUUGACAGACCAGAAGGGUGAUGUUAUCCCUGCUAUGAUUAAGAAGGAAGACAUUAGUACGUGGGAAGACAAGUUAAAGGAGGGAGAAAGUUAUAUAAUGCAUAACUUCAAAAUUCUUAACAACAGAGCUCAAUAUAGAGUUUGCGACCACCCCUUUAAGCUAUUGUUUAUUGGAGCAACGUUUGUACGACGACAACCAAUUGCCAGUAUUCCUACAAAAGUUUGGAAGUUCAAGAGUAUAAAGGAUAUCAUUGAUGGAAACUAUUCUGCAUAUUUGUUGGUUGAUGUCAUUGGUGUGGUGGAUAAUGUGGAGGAGAAACCAAGUUCCAAAAAUAUUGUGUUUGACCUAAAGGACUUGAGUUAUUGGAGGGAAAGUCGUGAAACACCUUAUCUUGCUAUUAUUCUUACUCAGGCAAAGAUAAAGGUUGCCUCAGGUCCAUGGUCGGUGUCAUUGUCUAAUUGUUGGAAUGGAUCGAAGUUGAUUUUGGGAGAUGAUAUACCUGAACUGACUGAAUUUAGGAAGGAAUUUUCAAAAACCUCUACUCAUGAAAUUUUUGAGGAGGGAAGCCAAUAUAGUGGGUCUUCCCAGAUUAGUCAUGUUGAUAGGUGGAUUCGAACAUUGAGGAAGGAAAGAUUGUUGUUAGAUGAAGGUAUGAAUCUGGAGAUGAAAGCCGAGACAGAUUUGGGCUCAUUCGUGUGUGAGAAUGUGGACGAGAUAAUGGUGAAAACAGGUCCUAGGAAUGUUCACAGCUUUGGCUAUUUAGUUGGAUAUGGAAAAUGGUGA